GGCUGAACGACGAUCUCUACAUUGGUCGAGACGCCAUGCGUGUUUGGUGACAGUAGUUGUUCCUCAUUUUCUGAAACUCUUUUUAAUUUUCUAGUGGUCGCACUGAAGCGAAUCUGUUAUCACACUGGUACCGUGCCAAUUGGAAAUUCUUUCGACAAAACAAGAAACCAAGUACACAUAAUAUUGGUUUUGGAAUAAGUGAUUGACAUGCAUCUCUUCUGCGAGCACUCACGACAUGAGCAAAAGUCGGGGUGUUUAUAGACGAAGGGACAGAAGCACAUCCUCUGAAAGCUCUUCUUCUCGUCAAGGUCGUGACCGCCUUCGGAGCAAAAGUCGAUCCCGAUCUCGAACUAGAAGUUCAGUGAGAAGCAGUGAAAGAGAUAAAAAAACCUUUGGCAAUAUUACAAAUAGCAAAGACCCAAAGGACAUAGACUCUCGUGUUUUUAUUGGAAAUUUAGGCACUGAGGAGAUUUCCCGGCAUGAGUUAGACGAUUUGUUUAGUUUAUGCGGUAAAGUUGCAGGAGUCUCUGUACACAGAGGUUUUGCGUUUGUACAAUAUUUUAACAAGGAAGACGCUGAGCGUGGUGUUGAGAAGUACAAUAAUACAUAUAUUAAAUCACGAAGAGUAGAUUGUAAUCUUGCUGGUGAGAGACAAAAAAAUCAAGAAGCUAGAACAGUUAUGGAUAGAGACCGUGAUAGAGAUCGAGGAAGCAGAGAAGGCAGCAGAAUUCUUGACUAUGACAGAUUUGAUCCUUAUGAUAGGCCUUAUGAUAGGCAAAGAUCUCGUGAACGUUCACCAUUACGUGAUCCUUAUGCUGACCGAUAUAGAGGAAGAGACUCAGAACUAGAUCGGAGGCGUUUAUUAGAUGAACGUGAUCGUGAUCCUUAUGACCGGCAUGAUCCCUUUCCACCACGCGAAAGAGACCGUGUAGAUGAUUACUAUCGAGGACGCCGGGAUGUACGAGAUAUUAGAGAUGAACGUGAUGAUCCAUAUGCCAGGGACCCAAGGCGAGAUGAGAUUCGAGAAAGAGAUCAUUAUGAAAGACCGUCAGCUCGUGAUAGACUUCCCCGUGCUUAUGCUGAUUUCAAAGAACCUGCACCACAACCAACACCGGAUCCAAUACAAAGACCUGUUGAUUGCGAAGUAAUUGUGGUCAAUAGACAACAACGAGAUUAUGCAGAGACAGUUGAAAGACGUCUAAAGCAGAUUGGUCUGAUAGUGGAUAUUAUUUUCUUAACAUCUGAUGUUUCUUUGGGACAAGCCUUAGAUGACGUGUCAAGACGUGGUGUGUUAUAUGCUACAAUGAUCACAAGCCAGCAUGAACUUCAUCGCUCAGUUACUCUGAAUAUACUACAUGGGACACCACAAGAACAUAGGAACAUGCCGCUGGAUGAUGCCAUGACAUUUAUCGCGCGUAACUUUGAACGUUACAUGCAAAACCUUCGUGAAAAAAGUUUAGCAGCAAAUUUAAGCUUGGCCACAGGUGUAGAGUUAACAGUCCCACAACUCCUGUGUCUAUUGGCUGAUGGAAAACAACUAACAGUGGGAGAACUGGGUAAGGUUAUCGAUUAUCUUCAAGAUCGCAAGAAUAAGCUUUUGGAAGGUGAAGUUGGGAAUGCACAAUUGAUGGAUGUGCGAAUGACCACUGCUGACGAUAAAGCUAGCACUCAAAAGUUAUUAGAACUGCAACAACAGCAGCAGCAGCAGCAACAACUACUACAGCAGCGACAGCAGCAGGAGGAGCAGCAACAACAGCAAGCUGAUCUUCAAGCAAAGAUUUUGAAAAUAUUCAACCCAAGUGGUACUGCAGCCAGUAGUGCACCAACUCCUACAACUGCAGAUAAUUCAACUGCCAACCGCCAAAAUAUUAAUCCAUUUGGUAUUGCUAGUGUUGCAGCUUCUCAGCAACCACAAGCCAAAGCUCAGCCAGUGCAACCUGCAACUCGUCCUCAAACCUCAAUUCCGUCACUUAUGGAUCAGCCUGUUCCUCCUCCAACUAAUGUUUUAUCUAAAAUAGGGAAGGCUGCAGAAAGUAGGCCACAGUCUUCUGCUCCACCAGUUUCCUCAACAGGGAAUGCUGGACCAGGAAGUGAGCCUGGUUUAUCUCAACAGAAUGGCCAAGCUUCUGCUCCAGGUGUUGGGAUAAAUUUUGACAACCCUUCAGUACAGAAAGCUUUAGACAACUUGAUUCAGAGUGGACCAAAUUUGUUAAAAAAUCUAGGUCAGGUUUCUCAGAUAGUGAAGGGUGCUACUGGUGGCCAGUCUCAAGCAAAGGCUAGUUUGACAGGUCCACAGAGUGCUAGUGAAUCUGGUUAUGGUCAGGCUGGUGGUCUAGGUAAUAGUGGUAGGGGUCCCAAUGUUGAAGGGAGAAAUGAAGGGCCUGGUGGUUAUGGUGGAAGGGGAGAAGGCCCUGGUGCAUUUGGAUCCAGAGGUGAGGCUCCAGGCGGUAGCCGUGGUGGUCCGGCUGGCUAUGGUGGUCCUGGUCGACUUGAAAAUUAUGGUCAAAAUGAAGGUGGUGGUUUUGGUCGAAGAGUUGGAGAAGAUGGUGGGUUUGGAGGUGGAAUGGAUGGUUAUGGGGGAGGUGGGUUUAAUGCUCCUGGCAGAGGUGGAAUGGAUAGAGGUUUUGGUAUGGGUGGAGAUCCAGGGUUUGGUGGUGGAGGUGGGAGAGGACGUCCUGGUAUGGGUCCUGGUCCUGGUGGUAUGGGUCCUGGUCCUGGUGGCAUGGGUCAGGGACCAAGGGCAGGUAUGGGUCCUGGAGCCGGCAUUGGCCCUGGCAUGGGACCUGGUAUGGGUAUGGGCAUGGGUCGGGGAAGACGUUAUUAGUUAUGUACCACAACAAGUGGUUUAUAAUUCUGUGAAAAACAAAUUAUGUAUCGAAAAAACAAUGCAUUGCAAGAGAAGUUGUCAUAAAAUUGCUUGCUUAUAGUAUUUUCUGCCUUGAAAUUGUUAGAUGAACAGUAAAUGUGUACCUGUUUCUUGAUCAUGUUUUUACUGGUAUAUUGUUAUAAGGCUUAUACAAGAUUUAUACAUCUUGAACUUUUAAAUUUGUGAUUUCACUCUAUUUCUGGUGUCCAGUUUUUUUGUGUUACCCUGCAUUUUAUUGAAAAUUUUUGUAUUAAUCAUGCUACCCUUGUGACUGUCUUAAAAUAAAAAUCUUGGCUGUAGUUUGAAUAAAGAUGUUGGUGUACAACCUUUAAAUGUG